AUGCUUAAGUUUAGCAUGGAAAACGCCAACGAGUACACGGCCGACCAACUGGCACUUGUGCUCGGAAUCUUGGGCGAGGCCUGUAACCUCAACCUCCACCUGGGAGUCUCGGCUGACGGCGCUGAUGAUUACGUUGUCCCUGCGCCUCCUCGGAACGGCGUACAGAGGGUCGUGUGGAUCCACAAUGACAACGCCGAAAACCUCGGGCUCUCGCGCACAAGCAAUUAUUUGGGAAUCCGGUCGCCUCACGUGGAAGAUACCAUUGUCGUUGCCACUGGUAAGCCCGAAGACAUUGAGGUUGGGCGCACCGCACCGCCCCCUAGUCCUGCUCCGAGAUCGCAGACAGCAAAGCCGGCUGUCCCAGAAGAGGAGGCCCGGAGCGACGAUGACGUCGACGCCCCUGUUGAUACCAUCGAGAGCGGGGAUUCUUGUUCUGACAUCGCCGACGCCGCCGACGCCGCCGACUACCGCGACGCAGAGGACAGUGACCAGUACUGUCCGUCCAGUGAUUGGAGCUGUGACGAGUCCGACGUCGACGGAGACGGGCAGACCGAAGUCGGCCAGGACGAACAAUCGGACGCUGGUGGGGCCCAAGGGGCCGAUGUCGAGGAACACUGUGAGCUGGAUGUCAGUGAGGGUGCCAACCAACGGGCCCGCCACAAGCUCAAGGAAGCCAAACUUCAGGAUUGGCUGGGGAUCUCGGCAGAGACAAUGGGCAUGCUGAUGGCCGAGGCUGGUGGAUACCGCCCGAGAGUCCCGACCGGUUACAAGCCCAAUUCCAGGUUCGUGGCGCUCAUCGAGAAGGCAAUCGUGAAAAUCCGCGGAGACACCAAGCACACCACCAUGUCGGAAGUGUCCCGGGUCGCGUUGCAGAGUGGCACCGACGAAGAGUGGGCAAAUGCAAUCGACUCCCACACUUCAGAGGAGGUAAAAAAAUUCAUCCUCCAGGGUGUUCCACCAAGAGCCAAGGACUUUACAAAGCUCCCGAACGCGUAUGAGACGGAUGCGUUCGGUGUAUACGCGUGUAUGCUCCUGGCCACGGAGCAGGGGAAGCAUCACCAUCACCUUUACGUCGGCUCGGCUACAUCGACCGCAAUCCCCGGCCGAAAUUUAGGUGGUAUCAAGAAGAGGGUGAUGGACCGAGACAAGCCAACCCUCAUCCCCAGUUACUUCCACACCUUCUCAGGGAUGGGAAGGGCCGGGAACCAGUAUUUCGCCAAGUUGAGGAGCAGGAAGAGAGCCUCCGACAGAUAUCAGAGGAUGACAUCAGCGCAAAAGGAGGAACGCAAGAAGAGGAAUAGGCGACCUGGAGCGGCCCCGGGACCGAAGAUGCUGAAGUGGACAGAAGAGGAGAAUAAGCUACUUCUCCAACUUCGGGCAGACCAGAACCAGAGUUGGGAGGAAUUCCAUCAGCUGUUCUCCGAGCGGUUUCACGGAAGGAGAGUUUGGACCAUACAAUCCCAUCACGCCAAAGUCAUGCGAGCUCUGAACAGCCAAAGACCGAAGGAGCAGGCUUCCCAGCGCCGCAUGUGGACCGCAAAAGAAGACACUCUGCUUUCCAACUUGUAG